AUGGUUUGCUGCCCCCUGCCGGUGUCUGCGGCGCUCCCCGGCUGCCGAAUCUCGUCGCCAAGGGCGUUUGGCUUUGCCGCACAGACCUGUGCCUGCCAGCGCAGCUCAGCGCCGCGCUACCGAACUGGAGCCGGCCCAGCCCGGGCCAGGCCAGGCAGCAGCUCCCAUGGACGCCUCCCGGGCCCCUGUGCGGGGAUCAGCAGCCCCCCUUUGCCAGGCACUGUUACAGGGCGCAACCUGCCGAUUUGCCCGGUGAAAGACCCGGGGCUCCCUCAAACCCGCUCUGUAUCCCAGACACCCCUCCCCCUCUCUUUCGCGGGGGGUGGGGCCUGGCUUCGACCGUCCCAAGCCUGGGUCCCGCAAUGCACAAGACAGUCUGAAAAGCUCCCCCGCGAGCUCCCCGCGGGGCGCCCAGAAAUCUGUCAUUUGUAUUCAAAUCUUCCUGCCCUGCGGAGCCAGAGAAGGGCAGGGGCUGGGCUGGGCUUUUUAGCUGUGUUCUCAUUAACCUCCCUUUGCUGCUCCGCCGAGGAAAAGGCGCCAAAACCUUUUAUUGUAGCUGUCAGCAUCUGCGCGCAGAACAGUGGAGCGAGGCGGGGAGGGCCGCACAAUGCGGCUUUUCUCCCGGAGGUCCCAGCAGGAGACUCGCCUUUCAGACCCGUUUACUGGCCUGGGAAGCGGCCGCUGUGCCCUUGGCGAGGGGGGUUAGGUUUGGGCAGGGGAAGCGCCAGGAGGUGCCCAGGGGCAGAGAGCGAGAGGGGGGCCUGGUCGUGCCGGAGUGCUCAGGUCACCUGCAGAGGAUUCCAACCAGGCGGGUCUUUCCUCGUCCGGAGGCUUGACGCUGCGGGCCUGAGAGUCCAAAACGGGAGCGACUGGGACUGUUUCCUUCUUGCGUUGCCGAGUCAAACCCUGGCCCUGGAAACGUCAAAGGAACAGCAAGAAACCGGUGUUGCCAACCCCCUUCCCUCGUGGGAGCUCGCUGCGCUUCCUAACCCCCUCCCAGCAAAAGAGCGGGGCCGGAGCUGCCCGCGGAGCCCCGCCAGCCUGGGGGGAGAGGACUCCCCGCCUUGCGUUCAGCCUCAGACGCCGCAAAGGCUGAAGCGCGGUGGGGAGCGAACUCUGUCCACACUGGCCAGCGAACGGGAUCCCGACCUGUCUGCCCUGGGGAGGAGAGUCACACCCCGGGCAGAGACAGCCCCGCCUGCCCAGGUUCUCUGCGCAGGCUCUUGCUGCUGA